AAAUAACUCGAGAUUUGAUCUCUGUUUGCCCGAAAAGAACAUCAAAACAACGUUAUUUCUUUUCAAUUUGUUGAAAUCGCAGUACCCAAUCAAUGUCUGGACUGGAAGAGCUGAGGAAGAAACUGGUCCCACUCUUCGAUGCGGAUAUAGGGUUCCCAUCCGGGUCGAAUAUCGACCCGUCCGAUUCUUACAUGUUAUCAGAUGGUGGAACAGUGAAUUUGCUGAGCAAAUCAUACAAUUACUACAACAUAAAUGAAAUGGGGCUGCAGAAAUGUAAUAACUCUUCAGCCGAUGAUUGUGAGAAGACGUACAAAUGUGCUUCGCACGAGAUGAGGGUAUUUGGGUCAAUUGGCUCUGGUGCUAGCAGUGUUGUUCAGAGGGCUAUUCAUAUUCCUAAUCACAGAAUUAUUGCCCUCAAGAAAAUUAAUAUUUUCGAAAAGGAGAAAAGGCAGCAGCUUCUUACGGAAAUAAGAACAUUAUGUGAAGCGCCUUGUUAUCAAGGCCUCGUCCAAUUUUACGGUGCUUUUUAUACUCCCGACUCGGGGCAAAUAAGUAUAGCUUUAGAGUAUAUGGACGGAGGUUCUUUCGCAGAUAUCAUUCGUAUACGAAAGACUAUAACGGAACCAAUUCUUUCAUCGAUGGUGCAAAAACUCUUACUUGGACUAAGUUACUUGCAUGGAGUACAACACUUAGUUCACAGAGAUAUCAAACCGGCAAAUUUGCUCGUAAAUCUCAAAGGGGAGCCGAAGAUUACGGAUUUUGGGAUAAGUGCUGGCUUAGAGGAUUCAAUGGCUAUGUGUGCGACUUUUGUGGGGACCGUUACAUACAUGUCGCCCGAGAGAAUUAGAAACGAAAGUUAUUCUUAUCCAGCUGAUAUUUGGAGCCUCGGACUUGCACUUUUUGAAUGUGCAACUGGCGAAUUUCCUUACACUGCUAAUGAAGGGCCUGUUAAUCUUAUGUUACAGAUAUUGGAUGAUCCAUCUCCUUCAUUGUCGGGUAGGAAUUUUUCGUCGGAGUUUUGCUCUUUUGUCGAUGCUUGUCUCCAGAAAGAUCCAAUCGAACGGCCCACGGCUGAGAAGCUGCUUUCACAUCCAUUUAUAACAAAGUACGAGGAUUCUGGAAUCAACUUAGAAUCUUUCGUCCAAAGUAUAUUCGACCCGACACAGAGGAUGAAAGAUCUUGCAGAUAUGCUGACGAUACACUAUUACUUACUCUUCGACGGCUCGGAUGAUCUUUGGCAUCACACAAAGACUUUAUACGAAUGCCAUUCAGUUUUAAGUUUUGGCGGGAAAGAAUAUGUGGGCCCGGAUGAUAUUUUUACGAAUCUGUCGAAUAUUCGGAGAAAAUUGGCGGGAAAUUGGGGUUCUCAAAAGCUGGUGCAUGUUGUGGAGAAACUUCAGUGCCGUGGGCAUGGUCAAAAUGGAAUUGCGUUUCGUGUGACGGGCUCGUUUAUCGUUGGGAAUCAAUUCUUGAUAUGUGGGGAAGGUGUACAGGUGGAGGGCUUGCCUAAUUUCAGAGAUUUAUCGAUCGAUAUACCUAGCAAGCGUGUGGGCACAUUUCGGGAGCAGUUUAUUGUGGAAAAAUCAGAUGUGAUUGGGCGGUAUUUCAUCGCCAAACAAGAGCUUUACAUUGUUCAGUAAAUAAUUUAGAGUGAGAACUCAACUCUCUUUGUUGUAUCAAUAGUUGGAGUUGAGAGUAACUAAUUAUAUAUAUAUUUUUUUUUUCAUUUUUAAAUGUAAAUGUAUAUAACCAAGCCAAGAAUCUUAUUUGAGAAAAUUAGUGAUAACUGUGCCAUUCUAUUUUGGCGAAAUUCUGCAUAAA